AUAUUCAGAUUCGGUUAAGGUCCGCUGUUGCUAGGCAACACAACGCCAGACUCUUAGAGUGCUGGAAUUUCGUUACUUCGUUUAAAAGUCGAGUGAGUCAUAACGUUUUGCCAGUCAAAGAGAAAAAAUGACAUUAUCAUUGUCAGAAAUAGAGAAAUAUAUCCAAAAAUUGUGCCAAACCAAACGGAUAAGAAUCCAACAGUUUUUUCAAGACUAUGAUUCCCUGAGGUCAGGUUAUGUGACAGAAACUCAGUUUUUCCGAUGUCUCUGUCAGACACUUAAUAUUACACUGAGCAAAGAUGAAGAAAAAAUUAUUUCUGAAAAAUAUGACUUUCGAAGAAAUAAGACUGUCAACUACCGAGAGUUUUGUUCCACCAUAAAUAAACCAAUCAAGGAAGACAUGGAUUCCAAUGAACAGUCUGAAAUAUAUCAAUGUAAACAACAACAACAACAACAACAGCAACCAGUAACACCAACAAAGUAUUCUACAUUGGAUCAGGUUUUAUCUCGGUUAGCUACUUAUUAUAAUCUUUAUGGCUUGUCAGUAAAAAGAGGCUUUGAAGAUUUUGAUAUGCACAGUAAGGGCACUGUUACAGAAAGUCAGUUCUAUCGCAAUUUACCAAUUCCUCCUGAUAUUAGUGAAAUUGAUCUCAAAUUCUUGGUGCAAACUUAUGCAGAAAUUAGUGACCCAGGCUACAUAAAUUAUAGCAAACUUGACGUUGAUGUCAAAAGAUGUCAAGCAGCCAAAGAAGCAGCCAAAGAAUUUCCUAUUCCUCCACAGUCUGAAACUAUUACCAAGUCAGAACCAGAACCAGAUAAUCCUCUGGCCAAAAUCGUUGACAACAUUAAAAUUGAAGCCUUCAAGAAUGGCGUUCGAACAACUGAUUUCUUCAGAGAUUAUGAUAAACUUAACUGUGGAGCAAUAACUGAAUCCCAGUUCAUAACAUCUCUGAAGCUGGGCAUAGGAAAAGAAGCCCACCUAACGAUGAGUGACAUCCAAAAAAUAGUUGAAGCUAACAGGACCCUUGAUGGCAAAGUUCGAUACAAGGAGUUCUGUGAUGACAUUGAAAAUGCCUUUACUCGCUGUCAUCUCGAGCAAAGACCAACUGAAGAAGUAACCCGCCCACCCAUGGGUGCUCUUAACAGGAGAAUAAAUAUACUCAGUACCGAAGAAGAAGCAGAAAUAAAAGAACUGCUUGACUAUCAAUCUGAGAAAAUCAGAGAAAGAAAUUUACUACUUUUUCCAUAUUUUAAAGAUUAUGAUCGAGGUGUUGGAUAUACAAAGUCAAUCACCAAGAACCAGUUUGCUCGUGUUAUGCACUUUGUACAAUUAGAAUUAACUGACAGACAAUUGAGAUUGCUCGAAAAAUUUGGUAAUGAAAAUGGAGAUAUUAAUUAUCCAUUAUAUGUUCAAACUGUGGAUCCAGAGGCAAUAAACCUCUAUCACAAUAUAACACAAAUACAGGUUCACAUUACCCGACCGAUGAACGCUCUUGCUUUAAUGACGCAAUCGUUCUUCGUCAGGCCCCCGCAUAUAGAUUUCAAAGCCCACUUCAUUGGAGAUGUCAUUCUUCCAGAUCAAGCCAAAGUGGAGGUGAAAAAGGCCGAAAGAUCCAAUUUAACUUUUGAUGAAGUGAUGGCUCGCAUUAGACAUGUCGUUUUUGUAAACAGACUUCAGGUUGGUCAGAAUUUUGAAGAUUACGAUCCUCUUAAGUCUGGUUCAAUUACCAAAGCUCAGUUUCGACGUGGUUUGUCAUCUCUUGGAUUCAGUAAGAUAGGUUUCCACGACAUGACCAAUGACCAGUUUGACUUGCUCUGUGAUCACUACCAAGACCCUCAUCAUAAGGACAAAAUUAUUUGGACAAAUUUCAACAAUGAUAUCAACCUAGUAUUUACCAAGUCCAACUUAGAGAAAACUCCAACGGAAGAAAUACCACCUUCUGAAGUGUAUCUCAUCCCCAAGUCAGGCACUGCUGACUGGAGCAAGGCAUCAGAUGAGCAAAAAGCAGUGUUUGAAGCUGGAAUGAAGAAGUUAAGAAAAUGUGUAAAAGAAAAACGGAUGCUUAUUGAACCUUGCUUUCGGGAUUUUGAUCAUCAUAGCAACCAUCACAUAACGAGGAAACAGUUCCAGCAGUGCUUGUCUAUCAUGAAUUUACCAUUUACCAAAGCAGAGAUCGAUGCCAUUGAAGCUCGCUUCAGCAAUGACAUAGGAUUCAACUACAUGACGUUUCUCUAUGAAUUACUGUCGGACGAAUACCAGCUAUGUCCACCUCGUUAUCCGACAUUAAAGAAAGAGGUUUUCCAUUUGAGCAGAAAUAAGUCAUCGCUAGAAUCUGACGCCAAUGUCCACGAAGAAGAUGUGCUGACCAAAAUUAAGAAUAAGGUGUUCAAAGAGCGGUUCCGGUUGAUUGAUUAUAUGAAGGAUUAUGACAAACUCAACUCUGGACGUAUUAUAAAGAGUAAUUUUCAGCGUGCACUUGGAUUGAGUCCUUUGAAUCUCAAUGGGUCAGAAAUAACUCUCUUGGAAUCCAGGUUCGAAUCGCCAAGCAAUCCUGGGUCCGUAGACUACAGGAAAUUUUGUGAUGAAAUUGAGUCUGUUUUCACUACUGCCAACCUUGAUAAAAGCCCGUUGAAAGAAGUUGAGCAAUAUCGGCCAAAGCAGGAAUGGGAAACUAAUAUCCUGAAGGAAGAGGAAGAAUCAGAAUUCAUGAAAGCAAUGACAAGGAUAGCUGAAAAGGUCCGCCAAGUACGCCUACAGUUGUUCCCCCUGAUGGAAGAUUACGACAAGAACAAUAUCGGCAGUCUGUCCCGCUCGCAAUUUCGUAGAGUUCUUGUGGAAUUAGAGCUGGGAAGUUAUUUCACCGAGCGAGAACUCGAAAUUAUAUGUAAAAAGUUCAAAGUGCGAGUGGGCUCAAGAGACGACGUACAUUAUAUCGCCUUUUGCGACUUCAUUUAUGAGUUGGCCAAAUUUAUUUACAGGACUCCUUAAGGAAAAUCCUGUAAGCGAUGAGAGAUCACACAGGUUUCAAAAUAAAAUAGAUUUCAUGAAUAAAUCAA